UUCUCGGCAACCGAAAUAUAAUACCGAGAGAGCCGCACACAGAUAUAGGCGCACCCGUGCGUGCAUAAACACCUUUCACACCACAUAUCAUAACAACUUUGGAAGAUUCUGACCUGCUGUACCCGAAGCGUCGUCGGGCGCCCACACCCGCUAGAAGAACUUUUCCCAGCAGUAUUUAACGAAAGCGAACGGCAACCGCACACGCCUGCACCUACACCGCACGGUUUAAUGGUAAAUUAUAACGCAAAGUACCUCCAAUCAAACGCAUCGUAUUCAUCGAUCACACAUACAAAACAUACACAUACACACACACACAAAGCGCCAAAUCCUACGGGGACGAGUUUUGAAGUUCGUGAUGCUGCGAGGGAAAUGGUGUGGACGUGCAGAUUACCAGCAAUCAUCAAGCAGCCGAAGCAAUCUGUCAAUCUAAUCCCCGGUACGGGAAGCAACCACUAAUCUGCAGCACGUGGUGCGAGGGGAGACGACAGCAAAAGCAGCAUUUAAUACACUACCUGCCAAUUGAAGUGCCAGGGGCUUCCGCUGUGUCAAACCCCUGUGUGCAGUUUCAAUUUCGGUCAGAGUGAGCAGCAGGGAGGGAAAAGGAAAGACCUCCCCCGCUUGGCAGGCCGGUACGUUGCAGCAGGGGCACCGAAACACCAGGACACCAACAGCUAUAGGAGAUGAACAGUCGCGUCUACCGUCCGGCCCGGCUGCACCAGGACGAUACCGACCGCCAUCAGCAUCAUCACCAUCGUGACGCCGCCACCGGCACCGAGAACCGUUCGCAAUGGUACCGUACCAGCUGGAAAUACUUGCCCUCUUUGCCGUGCUAAUCGGUAUCGUCGUCAACUCCUACAUUGUCAUUAUUGUUAUCCUCACGAAACAGAUUACAUUCGCCAGCAAGAUACUGCUGCUUCAUCUGGGCGUGGUGAACGCCGUACUAUGUCUGUUCUAUCUGGUCUACUACGCCGCGAGCGUAUUCCGGCUGCUACCCGUCGCACUGGACGCAAUGGACGUCGCCUGUCUAAUGUUUGGGCUCUGCUUCAACACGCUUCACUCGAUCGCGCUGUGGACGCUGUGUGCACUCAACUUCGAUCGGUACUUUGCUAUCGCUACGCCUCUACACUAUGGAACGUUCAUCAACACCAAAAAGCAGGUCCUGAUAACGCUUGGUGCCGGUUGGAUCGUGUCCACGCUGUUCAGCUUACCGCAGGCGGUACGAAUCUCGGCCUAUAAGUUCGACAGCGAUUACAAACUCUGCCUGCCAAACCUCCAGACGACGGAAUCGCUCAUCUACAGCAUCAGCUUCGUACUGUUCACCAUCCUGCUACCGAUUGUGCUGAUCCUGGGCUGCAACAUGAAGGUACUGAUGAUCGCACGCUACCAGCGCAACCGGAUCGCGUCCGCCAUCCUGGAGGUGACACUGUCCGCCCAGCUGACCAUCACCCAUCAGCGCAAUCCGUUCUUUGUGCCGAAUGCCGGUACGGGUCCGGCCGGUACCGGGCCGGCGGCCGACUGCAAACCGUACACGCAAGCCUCCAACCAGAACAACCCGGCCGCAAACGUGAUACAGUUGGUCGGUUCGGCGAUACUGUUCCACUGUCCGUACUAUUUCGUCAUCCUCUGGAACAGCAUGCUACCGUUCAUGGCGAACGGUUGGCGCACACCGGCCCUGUUGCUCAAUGUCGCCUCCUUUCUGCUGCUGCUCUCCCCGACGAUCAAUGCGAUUCUGUACGGCGUGCGGAGCAAAAUCGUGCGCCGCUCGUUUCGCAACAUUUUACGCAAGCAGAAGCAAAAGAUCGAGAUCCACUACGAGAUACAGGCGCGAACACCGUCGACGUGCGGUUCCCGCCGGCCAUCGCUCAGCGGCACCCAGUUCCAGCAGCAGCAGCUACAGCAGCAGCAGCAACCGCUGCUGUUCGCGUUCCCCGCCGACACGAGCCGGCCCGGCUCGGCCAGUGGUGCGACCGCACCGGACACACGCUCCGAGAUCGGCCUGGAGCUGGACGGAUCAUCGCACGAUGCGUCACUGCAGUCGCCGCUCAGCCGCGUCAAGUUCGGCAGCUGCUCGGCACUGAGCGGGCCCCUGUUUGUAUGCAAUCCGGUACCGAAUACGCACCAGCAGCAACAUUCCCACCAUCCGCAUCACGGUGCCGGACCACGGCCAAAGAUUACCAUCACGAAGAUACUCACCGAUGACGAGACGCCGGAAUGCAUCCGGUCACCGCCACCGCCACCCUCAUCGCCCCUCUCGCCAACCGCUUCGGUGUUCGAGCAUCAAGGGUUCGAUAUAGCGGCGGCCGCCGUCGACGGUGGACGGCUGCCGGCGGCACUCGUCGCCACGAUACCACCGAUCUGCACCACAGACAAUCUCAGCGUCGCUGGACAAUCAGGUGCCAAGCUGCACCCAGCCGCACCCCUCUCGGCCGGCCCCAUCUGCCUCGAGCCGAAGAUAUCGUUUAGGAAGUUUUCCUCACUGCAGGAAAUUUUAGGCAACGGGACUGACUAAAAAGCGGUUAUAUACUUAUAUACUUAGACAUAUGCAUAUAUAUAUACAUAAAUAUAUAUAUAUAAAUAUAUAUAUAUUUAUCAGACUAUUAAAUGUGAAGCAAAGAUUUACACUGCUAAGCAAACUCGUGCUUGCUCUCCUCUCCCUACCCUCCUCCAUUCCCAAACCUCUCCAUUCCUCAUGCUCCCCGCCCACCCGUGUUUAAUGUUUUCCCGUGCGAUAAUGGGACGGGAGGGUUUUGGAUGGGUACAGAGGAGCGCAGUAGACAACUGGACGAGCAGCGAAUAUAGUUUGUGUAAAGAAAAUGUUUAAUCCCAAAACCGACAAAAAAAAAGGUAAAACUUGGGAAAAAACAAUAAGUAGUAGCACGUUCGCCACUUAAAAAAAAGAGCAUCGUAGAAAAAAAAGGUAAAAUACGAUGUAAAACAAAUUAGAAAAAAAAUCUAUUUAAAAAAAAUGGAAGAAAAUUCCAAAUCGCACAUCAGCGUAAUCGCAGCACUUACACUAACAAAAGAAAAAGACAUUAAGUAAGUGAUGCAAUCGAAGGAAUUUAAACAAAUUGAAAACACCCACCCACCCAUACAUACGCGCGCGUGGUAACGAAACAAUCUCUUAGGUAAACGUAAUUACAUCUGCACGUACAAAUCAUGUUUUGAGACUGUAGUGCAAAAUGGUAUCAACAAAGAAAAAACAACACCGUAGAAGCGAGAGCACCUUUUUCCCAGCAAGAAGUAAAAAGGAAGAGCAGAUCGAUUCGAAAAAAAAAUCGAAAACUGAAACAAAAAUGGACGAAAAGUACAAUAGACAACCGAACCAAAGGUAAACAAGAUAGGUAAGCAACAACCCAGUAAGGAAACAGCAACAACAAGGGAAGGAGAGAGAAAAAAAACUAGUCAGUUGAUUAGCUCAUCGCCGUCAAUAUAUCAAUGGUAAAGCAGUAGCGACAAAAACGAAGAAACAAAAAAUAAAACCCUUUCCUGUAUAACUUCGAAAGGGUAGAAAGAUGCCCACUGAAUGGUAAUUGCUCCAUAUGAUGUAGCAAAAUCCCUGCCCCUAUUCCGGGGGUAUAUUAAGAGGCAUGGAAUAAACUAAAACGGAAAUGUUUUUUGUGUUAGCUCAG